UAAGCCCAUCCAAGACUCGCAAGCCAAACUCGCUAAUCAUCCACGUACGUGCUUAGCUUAAGCCCUUCCGGCGAAGUCAAGUGCAAUGGCGUCGUCUAGCAAGCCCUGCGCCGCCUCCGUCCUCCUCCUGCUGCUGGCCCUCGCCGUCGCCACGGCGGCCGAUGCGGCGAAAAAGAGCAUCGCGUCGGAGCCCAAGUCCAUCUUCUCGAGGCCGUCGGGAGCCAUCUUCCCGAGGCCGGCGGCGAAGCACAUCAUCGCGUCGGAGCCCACCAUCCCGAGGCCGUCGGCGGUGGACGUGUCGGCGACGUGCAUGGGGUCGCUGCUGGAGCUGAGCCCGUGCCUGGCCUUCUUCAGGGACGCGGGCACGUCCAAGGCGCCCGCGGGGUGCUGCAAGGGCCUGGGCACCAUCGUCCGAGACCAGCCCGCGUGCCUGUGCCACAUCUUCAACCGCACCCUAGAGCGGGCCAUCGGCGUUGACAUCCCCGUCGACCGCGCGCUCGCCCUCAUGGGCGACGUCUGCGGCCUCACGCUGCCGCAGGACCUCAUGAGCAGCUGCGGCGACAACGGCGGCGUGCCGCCGCUGUACGUGUGCCCGGCGCCCUCGGCCUGAAUCGCCUGGUAUCUGUCAACCCAGGUGAUCAAACCGGACGAGGAGAUGCGUGAGUAAAAGAUGGCAACCCCUCUUCCAAGUAAGACGAAGGAUGCAUACGAAUGCAGAUCAUAGAUACUCCAUACUAAGUGGAGUUUCGAAUUAGCAACACAUGAAAUGGAUAUGAUACUACUAGCUACCAGAUCGAUCCUGGGCACACUGUGGUUACAGAAGUAUGUACUGUAUCGACGCAUAAUGAUCAAUAUAUAUAAGAAACAAAAAAGUAUUAUAUAUUUA